AUGAUGUCUCAGACAGAACUUUUAGCCUGGUCAGAGCCGGACACGAAAUUUUUUGCAGACAAUCUGCUGGGAGUUGAAGAUUGGGGUUAGUAUUUUAUCAUGCGUCUUCGACGUACGCUUGGGUUUCAGCGGAAACCAGAAAAUGAAAUUUGUUUAGCUCAUUUAUCUCACCUAUACUUUCUUAUUUCUAAUUUUAGGGGACUCUAUCGCAGACGUAAAAUUCAAUCCAGAGGAUUUACUUUUAGGAAGCGAAAGCCAAAGCUUGGAAAUGGAGGUAAAAUAUCUAGCUUCAGACGAUGUCGCUCUGUGUCAUUUCAACUUGCGUGAGUCACUCGUGCGUGAACUUUAUUAGUUUUCCUUUCCAAUUAAAACGCAAACGUCGUGCUUAUUCGUCUAGAGUGGUGCAUCUUCAUUGACUUAAUGUGAACAAACCCUUUAUUCUACAUCCUUAGUCAUAAAAUCUUUAUAAAUGAAGCAUCUAAGUUGUGUUAGAAACAGUUCCGUGGUUGCUUGCAGUUCGGCCGGCCUGAAAUGUGAGACUUCAAGCAAAGCUUCCGCGUGCAAAAUAAUUUUAGCAUUAUCGUUUCUACAGGAAGUACUAACAAAUGAAUUCGAUAUCUUAAGAGUUCUUAUAAAUGAAAGGAUAUUAUUCUUAGAGAAUGUCACAUGCAAAAAUUCUAAGGGUUGCGCUCUAAAAAAAGAAGGUUUUAGUUCUGUGAAUAUAAUCGCUGUCGCCAGCUGUUAUUAGUAUUCAGUGUAGUAUUCCUUUGUAUUCGAAAACCAAAAACUAGACCUUACGUUUUACAGCGAUUAAUUUUUUAGUAUUCGUGUUUAAAUCCCUCUUUUGGCUAGUCUUUUUUGUCAUUUGCAAUGCGUUUUUCCCAUGCACUGAGAGAUCGAUAAUGUCAGACAAAGGGUAUUGUGUAACAAUGCUGCUGUAAAAUCUUGCUUCCAGGGCGACCGUAACUUUCUUGAACUAUGCUUUUAGACUGAUCACGACAAAUCCAUAUUUUUUUCCAAACUAACCGUGUCCUUGUUAACCUGAUUUUUCAGAUACGUUGUGUUAGUUAAAAAGACCUAGAUUUAUAUUUUUAAUGGAAAUAGGUGUAAAAUAUUAUUUUACCAUUCGCUAUAAUGCGUCUUCUGUUGCAAUUUUAAUGAAACAUGUUUCGUUGUUGAUUUCUUCUGCCAAGGACAAAGACGAUCAAUUCAGUGAAUUUUUAUCAAGUCUUGCAUCUGAUCCCCCUUCACCUAUGCUUGAAGAUUUCAAUUUUACUUCGGGUGAGUUCCUCAAGCAAUUUAUUAAAAUAUUACCUCAGUCUGUUCUUGUUUGGGAUUAUUUAUUCAGCUUUCUCUAUAAAUCCUCACUUGACAAGCACAGCCACUAAUUACAUGUAAAUGCCAACUAUGCUGUCACUCAACAGGUGUCUGUGUUAAAGAAGAACCUCCUUCACCUUCCUCCUCAAAUUCAUCUUGUGCUUCUCUACCAAGCUCACCAGAAAAUCAGGUACACAGAGUAUUAAAGUAGAGAAUGGGAGAUACCAUAGUAACUUGAAAAAUAUCGUUGAGAGAAUUUCCAAAAUUGUCCACACAUAAAAUGUAAGUUGUAGGUUACAAUGGUCCCAACUUGUAGUUUGAUUCUCAAUUUCCAAACUCUAAUUAUUUAUGAAGUUAGAAAACAAAAGAAAAUGAGAAUUUUAAACCUACAAAAGUGCCAUUUCCAAGUUGUUCCAAACCUCUGUUUUAAAGCGGAGGUCAGGCUACGUGUGAAUCCAUUAAUGAAUAUGAAAAUGAUUCUUUAAUCUCGUGCAAAUAAAACUCUGUUUCCAAGAAAGAUUUUGCACUUAGCCUUGUUUUAAAAGUGAGAGGUUUUGGAACUCGUAAAUGGCUUAUUAGGUUGAAACCAUUUUAACAUUAACUUCCUUUUGACUUGUAAAACAUAGAUCAGUUUUCAAAAAGAACCUACAAGAAAUGUCUUCAAUAGUUGAGUCUAAACGAGGAAAAGUUAAUGUACAGAAUUUUUAUGCUGAGCUACAGUGUAUUGUCAGGUUCAUCAUACAUGUAUAAUUAUUACACAUGAUGUCCAUAGCAGAAUCACAUUCAUCCAUUUUAUAUGAAUCAGUAAUUUUGAUAUUUCUGGAGAAAUAAAUUGUUUUGUAGUCAAUGGUAGAAUACUAUUUACAUAUUUCUACACCAUAUUUGGUUCAUUAUUUAUUUUUAAAAAACAAGAUAAGCAGCCAUACUGUGACACCCCAUACCUUUGCUUUUAACACCUUUAUUAAAUUGCAUUCAAGGGAUCCAACCUUUUUUCAAAAGACUUUAUGAAAGAAUAUUCAAACACCGUAUGUCAGAGAAUUCCUUCUAAGUGUGGCGGGAAGUGAAGUUUGGAAGAUUUGAGUUUUUUUAAGUAUAGAUCGAUUCUCAAAUUUUUUGUUCUUCAUUCCAGUUGCAGCCUGCAGUGAAACAAUAAUACAAAGAAUAAACAAAUAGCAAAUCUUUGUUGUUUCCAUGUUGAUUUACAAGUAUACUUUGGGAAUUAUUAAGGGAUUGGAAAAAUCAUCUGUCAUAGUGGGAGUACAGUAAAUGUAUUGGUGUGUGUUCCAUACAUGUUACUGUAACUUGAACUAAGAAUGCCAUCUUAUACCUCCAGGCUUCAUUAUAUACGUACAUGUACAUCUAUAUGUAGAAAUUAGUUGUUCUUGGGUUUCACUGUAUUAUUCAAUGUAUACCGGUAUUUACGCUAAAAUUCCACAUUCAUGUAAACCUAGAUUAGUAUUGUUAUUAUCAUCAUCUGUGUCUUCAUCCUCAUCACCAUCAUCAUCGUCAUCAUCAUCACAAUUAUCACCAAUUCUUACUCACUUAAUGGGGAAUAAAAUGUCCAUUCAAGUUAUAUCUAGUGUAAAAAAAAAUUCCUUAAUCCAUUCAGUUAGUGGACAGUAAUGAUAUUACAAUGUUAUUCAAAGUGUUCUUUCGUUUCUUGCAGUUUCUUAUAAAUGGAGAAAGUUCACCUGUCCAUCAAUCUAGUGAUUCAGAUUUUGUGUUGCCGCAAACUAGCCUUCUACCAAAUGCUUUAUGCAUCAAAACAGAAGCUACUCUUACGCCAGUGUGUAGUGUAAAACAAGAAAGAACGCCUGUGCCAUCAUGCAAUGUCAAACCCAUUCAACCAAUGCCCGUUACCUCUGUUCCUGUCAGCAUCCAAAAAACUCCAGUUGCCAAACCUGCGGAAGGUAUUGUGGUUGUCUAAAUUAAAAUUUUUUAGAUCUUAUCAGUUUUACCAAUUUCCAUGAACUCUCUUCCUGUAGACCUGUUUCUCAUGUCUGAAAGUAAAUUCAGUUAUUACAGCCAGUGGAUACAUUUUCUAGAAAUGUUCAUUUGCAAAAUCAACUAGAACUAAUGUGAGAAAGAAAAAAGGCCAUGGUAACUUUCCUUGAAAUCCUAGAACUCUCACGAUGAAUGAUUCAUGCCUAUGACUUAAAAAAAGUUGGUUGUUUAUCUAGUAUUGACUUGAAUAAGUGAUUAUGAUAAGUGUCAGCCCAGAAUAAUCACCCUUAGUAUUGACUUGAAUAAGUGAUUAUGAUAAGUGUCACCCCAGAAUAAUUACCCUUUCAACAACAAGGCAGUGCUAACAUGCACUCUCAGAGGCUUACGCACCAAUGCAGCUCAUUGACUCUGAUGAGCAAGAAGAAAAAGUGGUUAAGCCAUUCUAAAAACUGAGUAAAUUGGUGUUUUCAUUGUUGUUUUUUGUAGUAUUUUUUAAAUUGUUUUUGCUCUUUAGUUACCGCGGUAGUUGUUUAGGGUGGAACAUCACAUUGUUGUUUUUUGUUCAGAUCUUUCUCGGGAAGUGGGGUUGGGCAUGGACCUUCAAGACUGACUUGCUGUAUUUUGUAAAUCUUGUGCCAAUUUCACUAAAUAACUAAAAGAAAGAAAGAGUUAAGGUUAUUAUAAAAGUGUGUUAAUCAUAAGUGAAAUUUAUCACUUCCCCCAAAAUAUAUGUUGUCCUCAAAUAGACAAUCCAAAAUCUGAGCAAAACCACAACACAACAUGUUAAGAAAUAAAUAUGGCAGUGUUUUUUAAGGGUGGUUUAAAGUUACAGUACAUCUAUGUAAGGCCAUUUUAUUUGGCUGUUCAAUUUAUAUCUUGUGGAAUAACUCAUUCAAGUUUUUUCUUGUUACCAGGUAUUCCAGUCUAUAUUCCUUGUACUGGCACAAUACCAACCAAGACAGUGGUAUCUGUUGUGGUUGGGGUAAGAGUCUUACAAAAAUUUAUUUUAAUGCUUAUUGAAUUCCUGUAUUAAACUUUAUUUAGAAAUGUUGAGACUCCAGUUUUUAUUAUGCUAAUACAGACACUCCCUCCCCUGGAUCCACCACUGCACAAUGUGCAUUUUAUCAUCACAGACAUAAUUAUGAGGAGUAAUUUUUGGUUUUAUUUUGUAAAUUUUAUUAUAGAGCAAAGUUAAUCCUGCCAUUCCCAAGACAGUAAAUGCAAGUGUAACUGCAACCAGUUCUUCCACAGAGGCUGAUGUGAGUAUUGUCGAAUGUGGCUUUGAUUUUAACAGCAUAAAUGUAGCUUUACCAACUCUGUGCUUGCAGUCAAUGCUCCCUGCACCUAUAUUUUCUCGGACAGCCAUAGAACAUGUAUUUGAAACCUUCUGAAAGAUGCUCUGUGUUGUAUGGCUCUUAUGUAUGUGCUUUGUGUAGUACAUUUUGGAGGAUGUUACAAAAUUUUCAGUCAAGAUUUGUGUAGCACCAAAGGGUUGAGUAUUUUCCCUAGCUACUAUUAAUCUUCCCCUCCGGCUACAAAAGAAAAAUAGGCCAAACCAAAGAAAUUCCGAGCUGUUCAAUUCCUGUCUACUGCAUACACCCUUAGAACAUAACAAGUCAUGUAAAUCUCAGUGAGAUCCCUGUACAUGUCCAAGACACUGAUAUGUGCAAUGCCCAAAUGAGUUUGCACUAAUUUUCCAUAUUUAAAAUAUUGCUGCUGAUCUUACAGGCAAAGCUUUUAAAGAGACAGCAAAGAAUGAUUAAAAACAGAGAAUCUGCUUGCUUAUCAAGAAAGAAAAAGAAAGAGGUAUUUGAGAGAUGUGAUGUAAUCAUUAGCUCCAUUGUCUUUAUAGCCUGGGGGAAGGUGAGGCACUCCCUCAUAUGAUCUACAUGUAUUAAUUUUAUAGGUUUGUGUAGCCCCAUACCCUUUAAGGCCAGAAAUUGGACAAGGUUUUGUGCCCUGCUGGAACCUGGGUCUGUGCAGUUGGGGGGGGUGGGGAGAGGAGUGGGGUGGUUCUUAGUCAUGUAGAACCCCUUUUGAGAACAGCAAUCUAGAAUAAAAUCUACAAAUAAAGUACUGAGAAAUUCGAUUAUUUUGGUCGGAAAACAGUGUCAAGGUUUCAAAACACAUGGCACACAUCCCCACCCAAAAUUUUCAGGGCUCCUUGCUUCUUCUCCCUCACUCUUCUUCAACAAGUGUUGUAAGAGGAUUGUCCUGUACUUAGAAGGGCUGAUGUCAGGUAUCAUUAUUGCAUAAAGCGGGAUGCCAAUUUAUUUUUUUAAUCUUUUAAUAUUAUUUAUUUUUUGUUUGAUUAUUAUUUUUAUCAUUUGUGGAAGAGGUUAAAGUUUCAUUAAAAUUGUUACUCAACAGUACCUUCAAAGCCUUGAAAGUAAAGUGAAGGAGAUUUCAUCCUUGAAUGAAUCAUUGAGAGUGCAGAAUGAAAGCUUGAAAAGGAGAGUUGGUGAACUAGAAGCAGAGGUUUGUGUCCAUUUAGUAUUGUGGGUAGUAACUCCUCAAUAAAGGUGCACACUGUAUGUUCUUACUACUAGCCUGUAAGCAAGCUCUCCAUAUUGUGAAAAGUAGACGCAUGAGAGGCUCGCGCGGCUCGCUUCGCUUGCCCAAAUAGGAGAGCUUGCUCACAGGCUAUCUUACUACAGGGUCUGCACAUGCCUUGAAAAUUCUUGACUGUCCUUGAAUAAUUUCAAAGUAGAUAUUGAAGACAUAAUAAUUAUAAUAACUUUAUUAAAGUUUCAAGCUUCUAGCUUAGCAUCACUACUGAGACUUAUCGACAUUUAAGUAAAUGUAUAUGAAAAUUGCAGUGGAAAGUCCUUGUAAUUUGUUGCCUAGUUCAUGCAACUCAGAUUCUCAAGUUGCUAAUACCAACUGUAAAAUGUUCCCGGCAGAAUAGUAAGGAUAACGAAAUAGUGAACAGGCAAUAAAAACGAUUAUUAUUGCCCUGAUUUUGUACAGCAUGGAGUUCUUGAAAAAAGAGAAUUGUGUCCUUGAAAAUCCUUUAAAAGUCUUGGAAUUUUUGGUUUGAAGCAGGUAUACAAACUCUGCUCCUAAGUGAACUUGAUUCUUAAUCUUUAUCCAGCUGCUUCUCUGCCGCUGAAUAAGUGAAGGCAGACAAACUGUCUUUGUUUAAAUUUUUGUAUAUUAAAUUGAUAGAAGAUGGCUAAUUUAUUAUUCCAGCCAAUGAUUAUGUAUUUGUUUUUUAACAGAACAAUCUGUUGCGGAGUCGUCACCCUGAACUGACGAGUACCAUAAAGAAAUCUACCUGCGUUUUAGCAGUUAUUCUGUUUGUAGCUUUGAACGUUGGUCCUUUUAGGUGAGUAAUUCUACAAAUAAAAGAAAAUAUGAGAUACACUGUUUAAGAAAAACCCAGAAGGGAAUAAAAAGGGAAAAGUCGUUAAAUAUAUUCCAUUCGCCGCCAAAAAAUUUGGAAAAUUUCGUUCACAAGUUUUUGUUGAAUGAUUUGUAACAACAACAGUCACACAGCACAUAAAACCCAGACAUAAGUUUACUUUUGUUUCAAUAGCUGGACUAUCAAGCCCUAGUUUAAAAAUAUUACUUCAUUUAAUUAAAUGUGUUAUUUUCAACCACAGCAAUUUGAAAGAACAGUGGAAAUUGAACAGAGGCGAUCUUAUUCCCAGUUCUAUGAUUCAUCAUGGAAGAGCACUUUUAAAUUACCAAGGAGACGACGAGAGAACUGACCUUGAUAAGCCGUUAGUGUUUGGACCAGACAAUCAUCUGCUUAACAGGCAGACAGUUGCCAAGGCAGCAGAUCCAAGCAUGCUCAACACAUCUCAGAAGAAGUCGUCAUUAUUUAAGAGCAUAAACACUGAAAGAAGGGAUUUAAUGGUGAUUAAGAACAAAUGGGAUUUCUUAAAUGAUCCGAGGCAGAGGCGAAGGAUCAGUAAAAAUAAGAGGAGGAAUUCCAAGUCAAGACAAAAGAUUGAAAGUAAACGGAGAAAUGGGACGCUAGACGAUCAGUUUUACUGUCCAACUUCAUUUAACAAGACAGAAGUUACCAGGUAUAGUUGUUGCCCCUGUCCAAAGUUAAUUAUUUUCUUUUUUCUAUCUCUUUUAUUUCCAGAAAGUUCUUCCCAUUACUGCUUUUCCGCUUGCAAUUAUCACUUGUAUAAACUGAAUUAGUAAAAUCCAACUAGUGGUCUAUUAUCAAUGCUGCGUUCUCAUUGGGUGAGCUACUACUAGGCUGUAUGUUAUAGCCCACAAGUACCGCAAAGCGCCGGCUUUUUGGCAGCCAAAAAGGCUUUAAGUCUAGCUUUAAGUGGGUAAAGUUGUUUAGUCUCGGUAUUUUUGACCAACUAGUUGGAUUUUACUAACACAAUUGUUCCUCUCGCCCUCAUAACCUCUGAGUCAAUAGCCCAUUCGAGCUUGAGGAAUAAUUGUUGAAUAGUUAUUGGGAUAGGUUCACUUGUUGGAAGUCUUCAAACCAAUCAAACGUCUAUGUCGUUUUUCCAUUUUGUUUUGUGGGGUUUCACUAUUACACUAGGUGGAAACAAGGGUGAAAUGUUUAAAAUACUUUAUAAGCAACGUAGAAUAUAUAUUUACGUGUCACCUUGUUUUCGUUGAAACCGCGUUGCGUCCGAGAAAAAAUAUUUCCUCAGAUGAGGCGGCGGAUACUUGUGUUAUCCUCCACGGUUCGUCGAAUAUCUUAAACACUAGACUACAAGCAGCCUCUCCUUUUUCUUAGUCGGUCGAAUGAAACGCGCAAGACACGAAAUUGACCAAGCGUGUGAUGGAAGGCGCGAGACGGAAGAGAGACUACUAGCAGUCUACUUAGGCACUAAAUUUCGCGGCCGUUUCUUUCUUUAACCAGCUUCAAUUUCAUUCCGACUGCGAUCGAAACGUGGUUCGUUUGUUUGAAAAGUAUUUAAAAUUUGAAACAUCAUGUCUUAGCUCAUAUUGGACUGGAAAACAAAAUUGGUAUAAUCCACAGCCACACAAAAUGUACCUUUAAUCUUCGCUCGCUCGAUUUUCCUUCAGCCGAUUCUAGCCGCGAGGAAAACAGUGAUUAAUUCAUCCAGGGCAAAUUUGUCGCUUGAUUUUUUGUCUUUUUUCCUUCAAAACGACAGCUCAGUAUUUUCUUCAACUUCCACUUUUCAUCUGUGCAUUUCAUCGGUGUAUUUUACCGUCAGGAGAGGAGAUUUGUUGAUCUGCCUAAAUUUUACCGCGCUAGCUCAGUUUCUUGGCGUGCACCCACGGGCAAAUGGUAGUGGCUAACUGACCAAUCAGAGCGCGCGAUUCACUUUUGUUAUGUUAUAAAUAAAAUUGUCCUUGUAGUAAAUGCCAACCAUGCAACGUUUAUGUGUAUCCCGCAGAAUAAACGAAGCCCUGGUUGGAUGGGUGAAAAGAUACGAAGAUCAACGUGUUUUAAAACAGCAAAAACACAGACGCAGGCAGACCAAGGUGGGACUGACUCUUCAUCACAAUCUUUUCUGUUAUUUGCUUUUUUCAUCUUUAGGCUAUGUUCAUACUGCACUGGAUUGAUCCGGUAAUGUAUAGUGUGAACACCACCGGUACAGACGUGGAACUGGUCGUUCACACGCCUCAAACAUAAGGGUCCCCAGUAGGGUUCGUCAAUCCCGUAAUCCCGACCCAAAAUUUCGUUCAAGCCCGUAAUCCCGAGGGUUGUUUUUGGCAUCCCACCUCCCAAACAACCUUCAAAUCCCGAAUCUCGCCCCGACUCUGCUUUAGAAUCCCGAAUCCCAAGCCCGAAAUAAGGGAAAUCCAGGAUCCCGAAAAACCUAUUGACGACCCUCAGGCAUCGUGCUGGAGCUGUUGGGCGAGAGGGUUUGGUUCUCUAAUUCCCAAUCUUCACUCCUGAAAAUGUACUUCCGUCCAAGUGGGUUCCAGUCCUCCUUUCUACUUUUCACUCCCGCCACGGUCCGACUGUUCGCCCUGCACCAUAAAGUGUAGCACAGAACCUAUCCGAUAUGUGACGCUCCUCUUUCCAAAUCGGAGCGGCGCAACUUCGCGCUCGUUAAAGAUUUCGCUCCGAAAUCACCGUUAUUAUCAGUUAUGUAAAAAUAGACGCUCUAUCUGGUAUGAAUAAUUUCGUGCCGGAGCAAAACUGAGGAGAAAAAAUGAGGAAACAGAACUUUGCUAACACAGUGUGUUUUAAUUCACUUUAGGUGGAGUCUGCAAUCAAAGAGCUAGCCUUGAGAUUUGCUUCCAACUGUACUUCAGAUGUAAAGCGAAAAAUAAACAGGUAAAUAGAACGAGAUCUUUUUCGCAAUCACUAUCAGAAACGAGAGAGCGUAUGUCUAAGUAAUCUCUGUUUACUUUCUUGGUUUGUCAGACACAAGUUUUCGCGCAGGCACAACCUGGCCUCUACGAAUGCUGUUCAGUUGUUCAGCGGCUCAGAUAAGUACGUUUUCUUUGGAAAAAAUCUAAUAAACUUAAGCUGUUGUGCUUGAAUCCUGUAUGUUUGCGAUCGUUUUGUUUGUUUAUUGGUAGAUAUGUAUUGGGUGCCAGUAGUGACUUGCUCAUCAGGUGUUCUUGAAUGUUACGUUAGAUUCUCGCGCUUUCGAUUAUUUUGGUUCAUUAUACGUUUCUGGGAAACUGCCCACCUACCCCUCCCCAAAGCCAACUUAGGGCAAAAUGUUGGGUUAGGGGAGGGGUAGGUGGGCAGUUUUCCAGAAACGUUUUUUCACUCUCACCGUUGCCCAAAAUACUUUGUUCUUGACUUUUUUCCCUCCUUGAAUGAUAAGCACCUUCGCGCUUUUUCAGGUUUAAGACUUUUGAGGAAGAAAUAAACAAGAAACCGGACACUUUGUACGUGGUGUCUUUUCGGGCAGUAAGUAUACGCACUUUUAUUUUCAAAAAAUCGUUUGACUUGGCUAUCAUUUUCUGUAAGAGGGAAAGCGUUUUGUAAACCUUCUUGAUAUGCUUCGUUUCCAGGACCACCUGGUAUUUCCUGCCACAGAGUACAAUGCAACUCAACGGCCUAAGAUGUCGUUCAUGAUAAUGGCACCACCGAACAGUAAGUUGUCGUUGUUGCUGUUUGUUUAUUUGUAGCCUGCCCCAUAAAUCUCGCUGAUACAGUGUGUAAGGGAGAGUUAAAAGGUUUUUCUUAUCUUUUUUUAGGAACAGAAUGGCAGCAAGGUCACAGCGCUAACACAGACGAGAUCAGUAUGAUGCAGAUAGACUGCCAAGUCAUGGACACAAAGAUUGUAAACAUCAAAAGAUCAAGCAUACCCGUGCAACACUCGGACAGUUCACACUUUGGCACGCCGUCAGUUACCGUGCCCAAUGGGAACGCUUACGUGAAGCCCGCGAAGUAAAUCGUCCUUCGUCUUUUUCUAUCAAUGAACGUUUAAAGCAAUUAUAAGACUUCGUUUUAUUUCACGGUGGGAGCCCGUCUCUUGAAAGUCUUGUUAACUUUGCUAGUUCAAAGCCAUAUUUUAAAAUCAAACGUAAGGAAUGAUAGUGCGGAUUCUUGCCCAAAGACCAUUCCAAUUUAUUUCGUCAACUAGGAGCUUGAAAUAUUGUUUGUUUGUUUUUUUUUCAAAAUAUUUAACUUUGGAUGUGUAAUAUUACAUUUAGAAACCGAAAGAACUCUCUGCCUUCACGAGUGUUUCAAGUGUGAAAAACGGAAGCUGAACUUUGAGUUGCGAAUUGUGUGCAAGAAUUUCUUGAGUAUGACCUUUCUAAUGACACUGGUACGUGUGUCAUGUGCACUGGCACGUGUGCCAUGUGCACGCACGCGUGCACAUGGCGGCUGUGAAGUAAAUAAUCGUGUCAGAAACCUAUGAGAGUGUUGCCGUUCGAAUGUAAGAUGUUGUAGAGCGUCAUCCUUUACCUUUCUCGCCUCAUAGAAGGGGUUCCGGAAGCUGGGAAAUUUUUGCUGGUGAAAUUUGGAAUCCUGCAGAAUGCAGAAUACAGUUCAAAGAAUCCGUAAUCCCAUUAACGAUUGCAAUCCGAAGUCUAAGUUCCACUAACAAAAAAUCCGAGUUCCAGUACCCGGGUCCAAAAUCCACAGCAAGGAUUCCAGAAUCCAAGACUGUCUUGGAUUGACUCGUGUCACGGCGACAGAGUGUUUAUUAAAAUAUUUUGUAAUUUUUACUCGGGAAGGUGGAGGUUUGAGAAAGAAAAACUCUCUUUCAGUUCAGUUUGUGAAAUAACUGUCCAUUACAAUGUUAUUAAACGCAUAAGCGUUUUAAAAAAAUUAUAAAUAGUUAUGAAGCAUCUUCAAUUCACUUAAAGUGCAAGAAUGUAUCAUGCCAAAAAAAACAUUUAUUGUUCAAAUGCCAAACGCCUUUUCGCAUCCACAACUUCACUGUAUAUGAUAGAAUUGCCAGCACCUUUUUAUAUGUUGUUCAUUGUGUAUUUCCGCCGAGAUCUUUGUUUUUACGAGCCCGGCACCAUUUGUUGUGGAAUACCGAGUGUAAAGUCAGACAUUCUUGUAACUACUGUGCAUGAUGUUUAAUACAAGAAAAAACUAUACAAUAUUUGUCAAAAAAAAUAAUAAACGACGUAGAUAGCGCCGUUUUGUGCGUCAUUACUUUAUAUUAUCCUGGGACCGG